GGCACCUGUCCACAGCGCGGCAAAGAUCAACAGGUUUUCUUAACAAGGUUUUUUUUUCCAGCAGGUGAAAUCGAACGGUACACUUUGAUUUUAAAGUUCAAAUUCAUUAUUGAUGUAAAUUACCAAAAGUUCUGUCUCCAUUGCCAAAACUUGUUAUCGAGUUUAAAUUGCCGAAUAUACACCGGUAUACAUGUACGAAUACACUACAUUGGAAAAAUGUUUGGCAAUAUUCUUUUUCGUUUAAAGGCCGCACUUUUAGACUGAACCGUAACAAUGCAUAUAUACUAAAAGGAUUAAACGGGGCACAGAUUUGGUUGAAUAGAACUUAUUAGUGGAUUACUAGCUGAAAUUGGUCAUUGGAAAUGUUGUCUGACGUAUAAGUCAACGAAAGUCCAAAACCCAAAUCUGCUACUGGUGUCGGAAACUUAUCUAUUUGAGAAGGCGAAAUUUGCAAAGAAAAACGCAGACUUUGAAUAUUCAGGGACUUGGCAGUGUUUCAUUAGUAUAGCAUUCCCUGAGAUUAAUGAACGUGCAUAUAUAUUAAAGGGCGUCAUUCUAUCGUAUAUAUCUACGCGUAAAAAUCCGCUUUUCUAUUGAUACCUGGAAGGCCAUUGCUCUUUUGGUUUACAAUUCUGUGACCUUACCAGGGGAAAUGAAAGACUGAUAAAGCAAAAUGGGCAAUCUGAAAUCCAAACUUAAACGCUCUAAGAGCAAAUCGAAAAAGUCAACCAAUCUUCCAGAGUCUACUUCCACCAAAAAAGCUGUAGAUCCGCGCCUACCUUUUUCAAAUUAUCGACAGAUUUUUAAUAUUCGGAAUGGCUGGAAAUCCGUGUCCCGGGUGAUGGAGGAUACGGCAAAGGAGACUCUUAUCAGACUUUUAGAAAAACACCCCCAAUACAAAGAAAAAUACCCAAUGAUAGCAGGACUAAACACUGAAGAAGAAAUGAGGGAGAGUUUAGAGUUCGAGACCUACGCUAUGCAGAUUUUUGGAAUGUUUGAUGAAGUCAUACAAAAUUUAGAAAACGUAGACGCAGCGCUUGAUGAAAUCGAACACACCGGAAAACAACUCACUCCACAGCUAGUAACGGACCUGGAGGAAUGUUUUAUGAACUCCUUACAUCUUGUUUUAGACGAACGAUAUACAGAGACAUUGCAAGAGAAUUACCGCCUACUGUACGAAUUCAUCAAGUCUAAUAUACCACAGGCAACCUAGAUAUUGUAAUGCUGCCUUGAUAGCUUAUAGUGAAGCUGCAUGUAAACCUGUACUUCUGUACAUGUAUUUGCAGUGCGCAUUCUCAUAGAAGGCGCAUUUUCAGUUGUAUAUUUAUUGUGAACUUUUCUUUUUUUACAAACAUAAUUCUCACUCAAGACUGAAUGUAAUCAUAGAUCGAAGUUUGUUUAAUUAUGUGAGUAUUUUAUACCAUUAAGUUAUAGCAAUGAAGUCGUGUUUCUUCUCUCUCAAUUUGACUAUUUUUAUAUGUAUUCGGACGUUUUCUGCAAAAAAUUAGAUAUGGUUGCAGUUCAUCAGAAAUAAAGUAAAAUAAAACAACAA